AUGUCGUUCGAAGGUUCCUCCGAUCAGAUUGAAUGGCACAUGCAUCAACUUAGACAAUGGAUGGUGCCUACCUCGGUUUCGACCUCUUCCAAGAGCCAGACUGAGAUGACAGCCUCGAGCUUCCCACCAGACUAUUAUCUCCAAAACGUCCCCACGAAUGAUCCAUACGGCUAUGAUGCCUUCGCCAAUGCGAGCCCUCUCUUCCCUUCUCUACAACGUGCCCAUACCUUUGGCAAUCUUUCCGACUUCAAUCUAAACUGCAAUUACUUUCCUUCGACCCAGGAGCCCAUGACCCCUGCGACGUGCCCAGGUGAAGAGAAAGGACAGCUAGACGAUGUUCUAUCCAUCUAUUCCGAUGCUGCUUCGAGCUACUUGUCGUCGGAUUUGUCGGAACAGACGAGAGUUGGCUCUUUUCUGUCCUCUAGUAGGAACACACCGCCACUAUUUACGCAACCAUCCCCAGUACCCGAAACCACCACUUCAGAAGUUGAUUCGCUUAUGAAGGCGUUACAGCCUAGCCCAUGUCAGAAUCCGCCCGAUGCGACUACCAAAGUGAAGAGGCACCUGUGCCCCUACCCCGAUUGCGGCAAAUCCUUUUCUCAACCAACUCAUCUCAAGAUCCAUUUGCGCUCUCACACGGGCGAGAAACCGUACACGUGCUCCUUUGCCUCCUGCGGCCAUGCCUUUUCCCAGUUGGGUAAUCUGCGAACACACGAGAGGCGUCAUGUGGGACAGCGACCCAACCGUAAACGAGCAAGCUCUGAUCCCGGCGCCUCUCAAAAGAAAUACACAUGCCAGCUGGACGGUUGCCGAGCGUCCGAAGAUGGACAUCCAGGCAAGGUCUUCACUCAACUGGGCAAUCUCAAGGCGCAUAUGAACAAGUUCCACAAGGAGACGUUGAACCGGCUGUCUCAACAGUUUACCACCAAUGAGUAUGACUCUGAGGAGGAAAGGCUGAGAAAUUACUUUCAGGAGCUCUAUAAGCACAGCAACAAAGGCAUCAAAGGACGAGGGAAGGGUCGCAAAGUCGAGAUCAUUAUCACUCCUGAUGAAUCCAAACCGGCCAAUCCAUGA